AUGCACUACACCAUUUUUACUUCUUCUUCUACUUCUACUACUACUACUACUACUACUACUACUACUACUACUACUACUACUACUACUACUACUACUACUACUACUACUACUACUACUACUACUACGAUGACGACGACUACUACUACUACUAUUACAGCUAAUAUUACUAAUAAUAUGACUACUACCACUACGACGAAUACUAAUACUACUAAUGUUAUUUUAUUUAGAUCUUCAAAUAAUUAG